AUGGGAGGAUACGAUAGCUAUGGGGAUAAAGAGAUGGGAAGCAUGCAAGCGCAGAAGUCGCUCAACGAUCUAAUUCGUGCAGCUGAAGUAGCCAUGGGAACAUGUCAAGGUCUCCUGAACCAAGCAGACUCAUCCUUCUUCAGUGAGAUAGUAGUGGAGUCGACUUCGCAUUUCAUCAAGGAGUUAUAUUGGAUCAGUUACGCGACAGCUUCUUCGCUUUUGCAUUACUACGGUACACGAUUUCCCUGGAGACCUAGACUCGGGCCGUACCUAGCAGAGUCGAUGAACACACAAACUUCAAUGAAUAUUUCAUUGGAAACAGGUACUUGUUGGCUGGCACAGGCACUUACGUCUAUUCUACUCGUAUGCAGUUUCUGGGAGGAUCUUCAGAACCUGAUUGCUUUUGCAAACCUCCACAGAGAAGGUGUGAUGCUUCUCUGCAGCCGUCUCGGCAAGUCCGAGCACUCCUACCUGGAUUCCACGGCUGCCAUGCUCUGUGGGAGCGAGGUCAACCCUAUUGCAGGGAUUGCAGGCGAUAGCAGACUUGUCAAGAUAAGGGCGAUCAUCAAGGACCACAGUACAUGA